AUGGCGGUUGCAGACUAUAAGAAGUACCUUGCGGAGAAUGUUGUCGGCGAGCGGCGGACGGUCACAUAUCGCUCGCUAGGUCGAGCAUUGAGAGUGCACAGCACCAUCGCGAAGCAAAUGCUUUAUGACUUUCACCAGAAUGAAAACUCGAAAAAGCCGUCCAGCGUGAACGCAACCUAUGUCCUAACGGGAGUUCCCAAGCCCACCGAGCCUGCGGCAAACGGCGCCGCGGUCAACGGUAAUAGCAACGACGAUGACGAUAUAAUGCCUAGCAGCCCGUAUAUUAGCAGUUCAAUGCCCAACCAGGAUGACGCGAUCGACCAGGUUUCUGUCUCUUCGGUUUUACUGGCGCGAGAGGAAGACCUACAAGACGCGAAAGCUAUUUUCGAGUCAAUAUCGUCCAUAUACGUGUAUAGCCUGCAGCCUGCCGUAUUGCAAGAUCUCAAUGUCCUUACCGAUGUCAGUCGUGAGAUGCUCGCCAACCAUGCGCAGGAGGACCCAUUGGAAUACGGGAAGCAAUGGGGUAUGAUUCAAAAUACAAACGUUAAGAGGAGAACAGGGGCACGACCUCCACCCCCGCCUCCGGCACCUUCAAGCACGGUGCCGGCGAAACGUCCCGCACAGUCCGAGCCCUCUCAACCAAAGAAGGAAGAAGUCAAGAAGGAAGAGCACACAGAACCCUCAAAGCCUGUGCAGCGCCAGAAUUCCUCUUCAUCAGCAAAGCCGGCAGAAAAGGCCGCCCCGGCAAAGAAAGAUAAAGGCAGUUUGUUCAGUUCCUUCGCGAAAGCGAAACCAAAGCAGAAGAAGGAAGAGACCUCAACGCCAGCUGCGUCUGGUGCUGAAUCGGCUGAACCUAGUGGUGCUGAAGAUGUGGUUUUAGAUGAUGCAUCUGAAGAAGAGCAGGAAGAACUCUUCCCGGAGUCCAAGAAGGAGCCUUCUAAUGAAACCCGCGAAAGCAGAAAAGAACGCGAAGAUAGGCUUAGGAAGAUGAUGGAAGACGACGAUGAGGAGGACGAAGAUAUGCCCGAUGCUGCAGAGUCGCCGGCAGAGCCGCCAGCAGAACCAGAAACUAUCGACAACCCACCUCCCAAGCAGCAGGAUCUCAAGAUGGAGGCCACAGUUAAAGGCGGCCGUCGCAGGGGACGGCGGCAGGUCAUGAAGAAGGCAGUAAAGAAGGAUAGCGAAGGCUAUCUCGUUACGGUCGAGGAGCCUAGCUGGGAAUCAUUCUCGGAAGACGAACCCGCACCACCGCCGCCCAAGAAGAAACCAGCAGUGAACGCGCCAAAGGGCAAGCCUGGCGCCAAAGCGGGGCAAGGGAAUAUCAUGUCUUUUUUUGGCAAAAAGUAA